AUGUUGUCACGAGAAGCAGUGAGCGAAUGCGCACAGCGCAUCGCAAAGCGCUUCCCCGUGUACUUCGUGUGGUUCCUCCUCGGCGGACCAUGGCUCAUGUUCCUCUACUUCAUCAGCAUCGACCGCGUCCUGGAGCGCGGUGACAUUGUCCAUUUCCUCAUUCAAAUCAUCAUCUUCCACUCCCUCCUCCUCCUCGCCGGCAUCGCCUACGUUGGCGCCGUCACCCGCCGCCCCCUGCGUCCUGACGUAACCCUCGCGCCACCAGACGCGCGUCCACUCCGCCCAGACGACCCACAACGACACAUUGACCCCGACGACAUUCCUCUCCGCCUACUGCGCGACUCGCCACGCCUCGCUGAGGGCAGCAGCCACCACCACCAUCGUCAUACCCCAGAUGGAGAGGGAGAAGAGGGAGAAGGAGACCGUCUGCUCCCCAAGCCUGAUGACGAGGCGCACACCCCCCUCAUGGCUAAGAACGCGACGGGCGGACCGCGGUGGUGCAGAAAGUGCGAUGCGUGGAAGCCGGAUCGGUGCCAUCACUGUCGGAGUUGUCGGCAGUGUGUGCUCAAGAUGGACCACCAUUGUCCGUGGCUCGACAACUGUGUUGGAUAUCAUAACCAGAAGUCCUUCGUCCUGUUCACGACGUACGCAUGCCUCUUCGCACUAUACGGCGGCCUCGAGGCCGCACACGAGACGUUCCGCUUUUUCAACGACCCCCCUCCAGACAUUACGCCAGGUCCCAACGCUGCACAGGAGUGGGACGACUGGGAGGAGCUCCACGUCGCGUUCAAGCCCGUCGCGCUCCUGCUCAUAUCGAUCAUGGGCGUCAUUUUUGGCCUCGCCCUUGGUGGGCUAGCUGGAUACCACUGGUUCCUGGUCUUGAACAACCGCACGACGCUCGAGGACAUGAAUCGGCUUCCGCCUGCGGUACUGCUGGACCCUGGCACGCGCGCGCGUCUCGAGGAACUGGGCGAGCGCGGCUCCCGGCGUCGCACACCUGGAGCCUGGCGGCCAGACCACAUCCUGACGCGCAACGAGCGUAUCAAGCUCCGCGACGAAGCUCGCAGCAUCAACGUGUACAACGUCGGAUGGCGGGCCAACCUUCGCAGCGUGAUGGUGGGCGACGGUGCUGUGCCUUCAGGCAGCUGGCGCGAGCUCGCGCAGAACAUUAUGACCGGCGCGAACCCACUCGCGGCCCCCAGGCGGAAGCGAUACGGCCCGGGUCACUUCUUCCCGCACGACCCAGCCAUGCUUGAGAACCUGCGCAACCUCACGCGUGAGAUGCGUGUAGGGUUAUCGGAAGGGGACCAGGAGGCCGAGCCCGAACCGGAGGUGUAUACUGGCGGCGAGUGGACGCUGGGCGACGAGAGUAGCGACUCUGAGCAGACCGUGUACGACGAGUCUUAUGGUGACCGGCAGCGGGGUCGGUUUGAUGUGUAA